AUGAAUCCAUAUGAAAUAAAUGAAAUAUUGGAUUCUGAUUUUGACGAUGACGACUCGGAUAAAGAUCCAGAUUAUAAUACUUCUGCAUUUGAAGACGAUUCAGAUCCUGAACAAAUUGAAACAGAAGAAAAUGAUGAUGAACUGUCGGGAAUAUUUUAUUUUAAUGAUGAAAAUAUUAACAGAAUUGAAUCACUUUCUGAUAUAUCUCAUAUUAGUGGUUCAGAAAUGUCUGUCGAUUCUUCACCACCUGCUAAUAUUCCAAGUACUAUACCUCAUCAGGCUCAUCAACAAAUUGAUCGUCAGUGGAGAGAUGAUGACCAAAAUAUUAAUAAUUAUACUUUCAACACAAAUAACAGCAAUAUUGGUUUAAAUCCAGAUCUUAUUGACACUCUUCAAGAUGGAACUCCAUUAGAUUUUUAUCAAUGCAUAGUGAGUAAUGAUAUAAUACAUAAAAUUGUGAUAGAAACCAAUAGAUAUGCUGCUCAACUAUUGAGUGCUAGAACAAUUUCACCACAUGCACGUUUAAACAAAUGGCACGAUACAAAUGAAUGUGAAUUAAAACAAUUUUUUGGGCUUCUUUUAUGGACAGGAUUAGUUUCAUUGCCAUCCUAUCAUCUUUAUUGGAGUUUAUCAAGAAUUUAUUCUACACAAUUUGGUACUAUAAUGAGUCGCAAUAGAUUUGAAUGUUUAAUGAAAACUAAACAUUUUUCUGACAAUACUUGUGCUGACCCUACAAAUAGGUUGUACAAAUUAGGAACAGUUAUUGAUGACAUUAUGAUAAAUUCUAAUUAUUGUAUGCAACCAGACCAAAGUAUGUGUAUUGAUGAGUCCUUAGUUAAAUUCAUGGGAAAAACUUGCUUUUAA